AUGUCAUUGAGCCCGACAUCGUCGUCUUGUUUUCCAUUGCGAACGCUGUUGGGGCGGUCACAUACUUCAUUUCGCAAGCACACGGCGCUCCACGGAAAGGCCGAGCUUCUAAUUUUGGAUGUGAAUGGGUCCUCUAAGGCACGCAAGUUUGAUGUAUUUAUCGGGCAUCCGUAUGAAGCCUAUGCUAUCAUCGAUCCAGACGCAGGCCUCGCCAUGAAACCAGCCAUAGCUAAGCAGACUGGAAUGUUGUUCAAAGACGCAACACCAUAUCCGCGCACCGUCAUCGAGGAUGAUCUCCCACGUCAGGACGCAACCAAUGCCAGCCCUGCGACCCUAUGGUUUUGGGGAGCUAUUCACGCCGUCAUCUCCCUCGACGGAACACCGGACCGUGAAUACUGCUGGGCUUGA